CCCUGGUUGAGUUGACAUGAAAUAACUCUAUUACUUAUUUACAUAUUAAUAUCAGAGCUAAACACUUAAGUAUGUAGCCAGUAGCCUUGUCUUUAGGUUAAUGUGUUUGACAGUCAUGUUUAUUUAGAACAUUGUCUGCGAGCACUAUGAGGCAUAUGGGAAAUUCCACAAUUCAAAUAUUAACUUCCUUGUAUGUACACACUAUGAAAUUAUUAUGCGGCUUAUGGAUGUAAUUUAUCUACUGCUGUAAAGUGAAUUUAGCUUCACCAGGUUUUCCAGGAACGCCCUCAUUCAACAUAUCGAGAGGCAUUACUUCGAACUGUUCAAACUUAAAUCAAGAUGUCGCAGGCUGUAUUCAAAGCAUUGCAGUUUAUGGAUAAAAAAGAUCUUGAGUGUGCCAUCUGCCUCAACAGGUUUCACCAACCAAAGACACUGAAAUGCAUGCACACCUAUUGCCUACAGUGUAUCCAGAAAUGGGUGGAAACUCAUGGAAAGAUGAAAUGCCCCACAUGUGCACAAGAACAUGACCUAACAAGGUAUGACUUGAAAGAGCUGGCGUCAAAUACAAUGAUAAUUCAACUACUAGAAUAUGUUGUGAAAACUGAGGAUCAAAAACCAAGUAAAUGUUCUUGCUGUGACAUUAAUCCACCAGAAUACCACUGCCAGACAUGUCAACUGUAUCUAUGUGGAGGUCUAUGUAUCAAACAACACCAUAUAAUACCGUCAUUGAGAAACCAUUCACUUUACACACUAGACAAGAAGGAACAAGGGAGAAUUUCAGACAAACAAAGCAAAUGCAGAGUACAUUGCAAUAACUUACUGGAAUUUUUCUGCUCCACUUGCAACAAAUCAGCAUGUAAGCAUUGUGAACAUAUUCUUCGGUGUUACCAAAAACAACAUAAAGUGAUUCCAAUGUCAACUGCUAUAAAUGAGUUUAACAAUGAUGCCACUGAAAUUGUCAAGUUAGCACAUGAAAUUGAAAGUAAAUUAAAAGAAAAACUUGAAUAUGUAACUAAAUAUAGAUCAGAAAUUGAUUCCCAACAAAACUUCUGUAGAACAGCCAUCGAAAUUCAGGAAAAAAAACUUAUUAACACAGUUACAGAGAAAAGCAAAGAGUUAAUUUCAGAUGUAGAAGCGAUAUACAAAGAAGAAAAAGAAGACAUUGAUAGUAAAGUUAACGAUAUUGAUUUGGAGAUGUCUACAGUAAAUAAUCUGAUGGCCUUAAUUAAUAGAAAUUUGAACAAACCAGAAGAAACAGAAACUCUUCAACUAUGCAAGACAACUAUCAACACUGUCAGAGAAAAGGUCCUACGAAAAGAUUUUCAUCAAUCAUUGAAAAAAAGAAAUAUUACACCAAAUUUCAUUCCAUUUACAUACUUGGAUGAGUUGAUGGUUUUAGAGGGCAUUGGUAAAAUCACAACUGUUGAUAGCAUGUUAUACAAGGUUGCUCAAGAUGAUGAAGCUCUUACUGUAACUAAAGAACAACCAUUUGUAGUUAAAGUUUCAAGUCCAACAGAGAGUGAUGCUUGUCAAUUAGCAGCAACUCUAAUUAACCCAUCAGGACAAAAAUAUGGAGAGUACAAAAUAACAGGUAGAUGCAAUAUAGAAGGCAACUGGCAAAUGAAGAUAACUACUGGAGCUGCACACAUCAAAGGAUCUCCAGUGAAUAUCAAAGUGGAAUCACAGGGACUUGUUUAUACCAUUGGUAACAUAUCAGAUUAUAAAGAAAAUCAAAAAGAAAGUUAUGUGUCAGAUUUAGUGUUAGAUACAGAUGGAUGCAUAUUAGUAUCAAGCUUCAGUAAAUAUAUAUUAAAGUUCAAUCAAUCAGGUUCAUUUGUUGAUGGGCUACAGGUGCCACAAGAUGUGGACAUAAAUAGAAUGCAUCUAAUGUUUGAUGGUCACAUGGUGUUCAGUGAUCACAAAAAUAAAUGUGUUGUAAUGUGUGAUGAUACAUUCCAAGAAAUCAUUUCUUUUGGUAAAGCAGUAUUGAAAUACCCUGAUGGUUUGACAGUAAACAAUGAAACUAGAAUACUGUAUGUAGCAGAUCGUGACACUCAUUGUGUGUUCAAAUUCAAUGUUGAUGAUGGUAGACAGCUGGGUAAGAUAGGUUCAAAGGGAAGUAAAGUAGGUCAAAUGAAUACACCAGAUGAUGUCACUUUAACGAAGGAAGGUUAUGUGAUUGUUGCUGACCGUAAAAAUAACAGAAUACAAAUGUUUGAUGCAAAUGAUAAAUUUAUGAGAAUUCUUGUAGGCUGUGGUGAGGAAGAUGGUAAAGUUAUUAGUCCUCAUGGUGUAAUCAUUGAUAUGGAUGAAAAUAUAAUAGUAUCAAGUGAUCAUAAACUACAAUUAUUUAAUAGAAGUAGUGUCUUCAUAAAACGAAUAGAUCAUAAAGAUGAUGGAUUAGAUAUCCCAAAUGGAAUCACAGUAAUUUCCAAUAAACCUAGAAGGGUAGCAGUAGCAAACCACAAACCAAACAAUGUUAAAUUUUAUAACUAUUAAAAAGACAUUGAAAUUCAUGACUUAUUAGCUGCAUGCUUGGACAAUCAACAGUAAUAAUAUAAUUUAUCUAUUUUAAUUUACAUUAUUAAUGCAUGAUUGGCUAUAAAUUCCAUCAGAUAGUAAUUUGUCAUUAUAGAAGAACAAUUGUUUAUGUACAUAUAAACUAGUUUGGUGUUUGGUGAUUGCCUACUCCCUAGGAGGUAACCUUGUGCUUUGUAAACUGUGUUAUAUAAAUGACAAUCAUUGUUAAUUGUAAAAAAAAAACAUGUGUAAUAAAUAUUUUAAAAAAUUAUGACAAUUAGACUGCUGGGUAAGAUAGGUUCAAUAGGUUGUAAAUUGUUCAAAUUAAUUAUCGAAAUGAUGUCAAUUUAACUUUAGGAAGGUAAUAUGUGAUUGUAUCAAAAUAUUACUUAAUAAGUUAUUAAGUAUAUUAUUGGUAAUUAUAAUACAAAGGUAUAUUAAAUGCAUUAAUCUAACCUAUGAUGAUAUUAAUGUUGAUGAUAUUGCAUACGAUUUUGACGAAAAUAUUAAUGAUAAUUAUAAUAUUUUUAAUGUGAUGUUGUCAAUUGUUAUGAUUACAAAAUGUCAAAAGUGGUUCACUGUAUUUUGUGCCAAUACUAUUCAGUAUAUACACAUUGUUUGUACCUUAAAGUAAUUUGGAACAAAGUUAGACAAUGAAUGCGCAUUAUAUGCUUUGGGUGUUAUAAUGUAAUAAUCCAUACAGAUAAUAUGCAAUUAUGGCCGAUGUAGCUCUAAGUAACUGGAAUGUUGAGAGAGAGUCAGGCAUAAGGACGGAAAUUGGGAUUUAGGGAUUUAUGCUAAUAAAGCAAUAAUUUUGAUAGAGUUGUAUGGAAAAUUAACAGUAGAGUGAUGUUGCAAUCACGCUAUACUAAACCAAUUGACGAUACUAUGCUGUAUGAUGUACCAAUAGAGUUGCAUGACCUCACUGCCCAUUGACAGUAAUAUCGCUUACCAAGCCAAUCAGUAACAAACAUAAUUAGUGUUGGUAUAAUGGCAUUGUUGAAUCUUGGUUGAAUUUACUAGUAUUACAAAGGAUAUUUGCAUGGUUAUUUAGA